AUGCAUUUUUCUAGUUUGAUUCCCGCUUUGGGGGGUCUCGUGGCUGUUGCCACUGCCUCGCCUCACCUUCUCGGCCUCGGUCUCGACGUCGAUGUCUCGCUUGGAGGAGGAAAGGGCGCGUCAUCCGCUGCUGACACCACCUCCAAGGGCCUCGACCUCGUCCCCACCACUUCUGCCACUAGCCAGAAGAACGGUCUUUCUUCAUGCAACUUGGCCAACAGCUGGGAGAACCAUGUUCUCUUCGACGGUAUCGCCGCUCCUGCUUCUGGCGCUGCUGCCGCCAUCAAGCUUGGUCUUAACCUUCCCAAUGCUCAGAUCGAGGGUGAGGCCACUCUUGAGCUUGUGAAGGAUUUCCUUACGGAGCCUCGUGUGCGUAUUGGUCUUGGUGCUAUUAAGGCUUACCUCGAGCUUGAUAUUUCUGCUUCUGCUGCUGUUCACGAAUCCAUUGAACUUUUCGCUUCUUCUGCUCUUCAGCUUGAGGUCCCCGGUCUUCUUGAGGCUGAGGCCGGUGCUGCUCUCGCUCUUGAUCUCGUUGUUGGUGUCGAUGCUGCUAUUGACCUGUCCGCUGGUGUCUACCUUUCCUUCGGUGAGGAAGCUUUCGUUGAGGUUUCUCUUCUCACCAAGGAGAUUGUUGAUGUCUCCCUCGAGGGUCUUGUUGCCAAGGCUCUCCCCAUUGGCGUUGGUGCCGAGGUCGACCUCUCUGCUGAGGUUUCCCUCACUCUCGGCCUCCGUCUCCGAACUGAGAUCGAUCUUUCUGCCGAGCUUGACAUUCCCGUUCUCGACAUCGAGGCUGGUGCCAAGAUUGCUGUCUGGGUCAGCCUUUUCGAGUACACUGCUGUUCUCGUCAACACCGACAGCUGCGUCGUCUCCGUCGAUGAGCUCAUUGCUCUCACUCUUGGUCUCGCUGUCGAGCUCAACGUGGAGAUCGGCGACAUUCUCGACCUCAGCCUUGCUCCUACUCUGACCGUCACCCUUGCUACUGCUGCUCAGGCCAAGGUUUGCCAGCCUAACCGCGGUACUCCUGGUACCUUCAUCGAGAAGCAGGGUGGCCCUUCUACCACUCACACUCAGGUCGUCUCUUUGUCUACUGUCCCUGCUGGAGGUUCUGACACUACCGACUCUGCUCUUCCAGAUGCCACUGGUUCUGCUGAUGCCUCUGGCUCUGUUGACGCUACCGGCUCUGCCACUGCUGACUCUCCUGAGACCUACCCUGCUGGUGCCGAAACUACUGGCUCUGGCUCCGGAGCUUACCCCAUCCCUGGUUCCGGUUCUGGAUCUAGUGCAUCUGGCUCCGAGACUUACCCUGCUGGUGCUGAAACUACCGGUUCUGGAUCAGGUGCCUACCCCAUUCCCGGUUCCGGUUCAGGAUCUGGUGCUUCUGCUGGUGCCGAGGCCACCGGUACUGGCUCCGGCGCUUAUCCCAUCCCUGGCUCUGGUUCUUCUUCCGCUCUCGCCAAGCCCCAGACCACCGGUUCUGCUGCUGCCAUUGUCCCUCACGGUAACGGUACUACCACAGGCGAUGUCACCAGCACCGUUACCUCCACCCACGUCUACACCGUGACCAGCUGCGCUGCCUCCGUCAUCAACUGCCCUGCCCGCUACACCCAGAAGGUCGUCACCUCCACCAUCAUCGAGAGCACCUAUGUCUGCCCCGCCACUGAGACCGGUGCUGUCCCUGCUACCACCACCGCUCACUCCACCAAGGUCCACGUUCCCGUCACCACCAUCACCGACACUCUCACCACGAUUGUGCCUUGCAAGACCCGAACUACCAAGACCUUCCACCCUCCUACUACUCCCCCUCCUGCUCCUACCGUCACCAUCGUCGACACCACCACCUACUGCCCCGAGGAGGGUAAGACUGCUCAGCCUUCCAAGGGCCAGUCUACUUUCCAGGUCGUGACCACUGCUUCCCCUAGCACCAAGGCCUAUGAGGUUCCCAGCCACGCUGCUCCUACUACCGAGGGUGAGGAGAAGCCCACUGCUGAGGUCCCUGUCCCCGGAAAGCCUACCGCCGGAUACCCUACUCCCGAGAAGCCCACCGGUGGCAAGCCCGUCGCCCCUCCCGCUCACAGCGUCCCCUACCCUCCCAGCAACGGAACCGUCUCCACCCACGUUCCCGUCUACCCAGCUCCUGUCCCCACCACCGCCGUUCCCGUGGCUCCUGGUACUACCGCUGGCUACGCUCCCCCUCCCGUCGUCUCUCAGCCCGGAGUUGUUCCUCCCGCUGCCUCGACUCCUGUCGGCACUCCCGUCCCUACCACUCCUGUUCCCGUCAGUGGUGCCAGCGUGGUUCGCACUGGCUUCAUGCUGGCUCUCCCAGCUGCCCUUGCUUUCUUCAUGUAG